CUUCAUCAGACAUCUCUACAUUUCUCUUUCUCCCUUUCAUUUGCUCCUCUUAAUCUUCUCAUUUCUCUCCCUUAUUCUUCAUUAAACACAUACUCCUUCUCUCUCUCCCUCUCCCCAUAGUCACCCGUUCACUCUUCAUCGCCCCGUGCCACCAUCAUCACAAGCGCGUAGUGAACCCCACACAGUCACGAUCACCAGUCCCGCCAGCCAGCAUGUUCCCGCGAGGUUCACAGUGGCACCUUCUGCUUCCACUCACCCUGUGCUGCCUUGCCUCGCCUGCCUCACAAAUCACUGGUAGCUUGUUUGAAAAGAUGGACUUGCCAGCUGAGGUGCUAAACAACUGCCUCCUGACCGUCGUGCCUCAGAUCCCAGCCUCGCAACACUCCAGCACCUACUUUUGCGCCAUCCAGUGCCUUCACGAACCCAACUGCACCACCUUCUGCAUCUCAGACAACACCACACAGUCAGGCGGCGCUGCGUGUGAGCUGGUGAACGCCACGGUAGUGCCCAGCGGAUCAAGGGCACAACAGGCAAAUGGUUCCUGCUUCGCUCGCUUCCGCUCACCUUGGCCACGGGGCGCUGAUCUGGCAAGGGGCAAGGCGGUGAAGGUGCCCGGGGCCUGGGAUGACUACGCUGACAAGCAGACGGUGGUAAGCGGCUACAAAUGUGAGGUCUCCCAGUAUGACUGCUUUUGCUCCUCCUUCAAACUCAUCUCCUCUUCCUAUUUCACGGUGGAUUUGGGUGCCAGUCAGCCAGUCGGCGCCGUGGUCGUCACUGUGUCAUCCUACUUCCCAGAAUACUUCAAGAACGUUGAAAUCAGAGUUGGUGAUAGGGGCGAUGGUGAUGACCCCUGUUUGACGAGUACUAUGAAACACCAUACAGCGGGGAGGUUAUCGUGUUUGAGGGGGACUCCACACUCACUGGCCGCUACGUAUCGCUUAUCAGGAGGGACUACAGCCUGUGUCUCUGCCUCCUUCAUGUGUACAGCUGGCAAGGAUGCUGCAACUCUACCAGUGGCCUGUACACCUAAACGUUUCUGGUUCUCAUUAAGGUUGUUUUCAAAGGCUACAGAAGUGGUUAGUGUGUGAUUUCUUUCCCGUAUGAUACUGAAUUCUGAAAUGUGUGAGUUUAAGUUCGAGUCAAGCCAAGACUAUUUAACCUCCGCACUUUUAAACGCUUCUGGCUUUCACUCUGACUGUUUUCAAGGACUAGAGGUGCUUAGUGUUAUGUCAUUUGCUUUUCCGUAUGCUUAAUUUUGAAAUGCGUGAGUAUAGAUUAGAGUCAAGCCAAGAUACUUAAGCCCCGCACUUUUAAACGCUUCUGGCUCUCACUAAGACUGUUUUCAAGGACUACAGAAGUAUAAUAUCUUUUAAAGCACUGCCACCACCAUAAAAAACAUCCUUGGAACCCUCAAAUGGCGCCAUGAAGCUGAAGCGUUAAGGAAAAGUGUCACAAGGCUAUAAUUAUUCUCUCCACUGUCCUGUCAAUCUCAUCAGUGUGGAGUGUAGCCAGACUGUCAAGAGGAGGCUUAGGUCUGCUGCUGCUCAUCCUGUCUCUCCGUACGUAGCAUGGCGCAAUCAAGGCCAUGGUAUUAUACGCAAGGUCUUAUCUCAUCCUGCUGGAGUGAAUUAUGAGACAAUAGUUGUUUACGUCCAUUCCUAUUAUCACAGUUUAUAUUUUCGUCAUCAUAAAGGCUCCUCCGUCGAUACACAAGUGCAGUGAACUUUAUUACAAGUCAGCAGGGUUGCCGCAUUGACUGUAUACAAUAAAAAGUGCAGCCAGUU